AUGGAAACUGAUGAUGAGAGUGAGAGUCUCAAGGAGGACCCGAAAGACCCUCCUUUCAAGGCACCCCAAAAAGGCAGACCAACAACUAACAAGCGAGGGAGACCUGCAAAGUCUACAAAGGGAAAGGCGUCAGGAACAAAGAAGGCAAGGACGAAACCGAUUAUCGAAGCAGAGCUUCAAGCAGAAAAGAAAAAGACCAAAGCGCUGGAGAAGAUGAUCAAAGAUCUGGAAGAGACAAACAAGGGGUUGACGAAAGAGAAUCUGGAGAAACACUCUGCGAUGGAUAGCAAACAGAGUCUUGACGAUACUCAGAUUCAAGCGAAUUUCAGAUUUCUGGCAAAAGACGCUGUUGGAUGGGUGCGAAGACAUGCUAUUGCUGGACCCCUGGUGGUAGACAACGGAGCAAAGCAGUCCCAGCUAGAGAAUUUGCUUAAACAGCUCGGGGGAGAGAAAGAGAAGAGGUCAGAAGGGUUUGACGCGGAUGUGAAAUCCAUGGGCGAGAUGGCUUCUGGAUGCAAUCUGCUGCUGGAAGCUUCACUAGUCAAGAUGAUCCAUGUUCGUUUCAUUCUCAAGCCCUUUGUGACUGCAAAUCAAGUGAUGAAAGGGCAUUUCUCGAAAAAAAUCGACUUUGGCAUCGCUUUACGGAGCAUAGCGAUGAAAAUGAAAUCUGAUAACCCAGAUAACAACCAUACUGAAUGGAUCUCUCGCACGCUCGAGGGCCUCUACCCUUCUAACAAAGUGAUUGAUUCCUUGGAUGCAAAAGUUUGGCAAAGUCCGGCGGAGAAGUUCAUCCAAGGCACUGCGCAGCUUCUCCUCAGGGAGUUGAAUUCUGAGGAAGAACGAGAGCAAAGGGUCAAGGCUUUGAGCAAAGUAUUGCGCACAGCACACGAACUAGCCAUUCAAAUCUGGCAGCAGAAUGUGCAUGUUGAGAGCCAUUUCCUGGACUCCAAUUUCCUCCGAAGCGUAUAUGACGAAGGGUCCGAGUACAUGGAACUCCACAACUGGUAUCAACUGGGCAGGUUGAACCCGGCAGAUGCAAACGGGCAAAGAUUGAUGAUGGUCAUGCAGCCCGCGGUGACGGCCAGUUGGUACGAGAAGCAAGCGCUGAAACGCAAGACGUGGGCGAAGGCUCUUGUUUUGCCGGCACAGAAGAAGAUCACUGACCAACCCGUGGACGUGGAUAGCGACACAUCCAAUGAUGCAUCCAGUGAAAAAUCAGAGGAGUCUGAAACGGACGAUUCCACUGCUGGUGAGCUGGACAUGUAG